AUCAAAUAUCAAUACCCCUUGACAUCAUAAUUAAGAAUUUAAAGAAAUAUCCAAGGAACUCAUCCUCCUCAAACUGUUCAAUUCGUACUGCCAUGUUAAUCUCCUUCCACAGUUCCUUAGGUUAAUUUGUGAGUUUAUUGAUUCCUUUAGGGUUAUUAUUAACCACUAUGUUAUUAAUAACCCUCUUCGUGACAAAAAGUGUCUAUAGCAUCGCCAACUCAAACUCAAAGAUCUUGAUAUUAAUAAAAUUCAUCAUCACUCCAUCAAGCAGGCUCAUCAAGUCCAGCUUGCUCUGCUUAAUUGUAAAAUACCCCAUAAUAAUCUGUAAUAUCUUUCAAGUAUCACAUAGUAAUAUAGAACAACCAUUUCAUAAUAAGUACUUACAAGAAAUGUUAAAUAACCAUAUUCCUCUUUGUAUUAAUCACCACCAAAAAAUGACCAUAAUCGCAAUACAUCUAAUCUCAAUAAUUAGAUUAGAACCUCUAAAAGUUACAUGAGAUCGACCAUUUGGA